UCAGAUCGAAUCUUAAUCAUUAAAAAAAAAGUAGCGAGACAAAAAAUCAAGAUCAACGUUAAGAAAAAAAAAAAAAAAAAGAAAGAAAAAACGGAGAGUAUCGCCGCGAUCAUAAUUACUAUUAUACCUAUAUAAUAGUUUGCCCGAUCAUGAUGAUCGUGAUAAUAAUUCCUCGUCAUGAUUAUGAAUUGCUUCUUCUUUCUGUUCUUUUUCUUUCCACUUUUUUUUUCUUUCUUUCUUUCUUUCUUUUUCUUUUCUUUCUUUUCGUCACAUAAAAUCCUUUCCACCGCUCCUCUCCACCCCAUUCACUACCGCCUCCCUCUCCUACUCCCAUUAAGAUCGUAUUAAUACGAAAACGAAAAAAAAGAAAAAAGAAAAUAAAUAAAUAGAAAGAAAAAAUAGAAUGAGAAAGAGAAAGAAAAUGUACAUAUCUGUAUGUGCUUGUGUUUAUGUGUACGUACUUAAUGGCUAGACAUUAUAUCAUGGAACAUUCUCCCAUCAUUCGGAUAAGUAUUAAUAUCGAUUAUGAAUGGGCUUGGAGGUUCAUUCAGUUUUAACGUGACCGACCGACCGACCAACCGACCGGCCAGCCAGUCAACCACCCAACCAGCCAGCCAGCCAACCAGCCAACCAGCCAGCCAGCCAGCCAGCCAGCUGGCCUGCAAGUAACCAUGCAACCAAGCAAGCAAUCUUGUUGAUGGUAAUCUUGUCUUUUCAAAUAUAGAUAUAGAUAGAUAUAGAUAGAGAUAGAGAAAGUGAGAGAGAGAGAGAGAGAGAGAGAGAAACAGAGACAGAGACAGAGAGUCUAACAGAGAACAUUUCGACUUCCCUUAAACCUCACGGGGUCGUUUCAAAGAUAUCUUAUCCUUGUGAGCUCAGUCAGUUGUUAGAGUCAUCGAUUAUAUGUGUCCACGUAUGCGUGACUUCAUUAUAGAAGUACCAGGGAGACUUUGACCAAAGUCAAAGAGAUUUUCUUAAAGGGAAGAAUGAGGAAACCACGGAUAUUCUAAAAGGAAUGAAAAGGAAAAAAGGAAAAAAAAAAGAAAGGAAGAGUUCUAACAACGGCGGAAAGUUUCGAAGACCAACUUCUACCACAGUCUGUUUUAAUACGGAUCGUGCGCGCUUAACCGAGGACCGAGAUAGCCGUUUUGUCUCGUUGCUUCUUUACGUAAAUACAUAUAUAGAUAUGUACAUAGAUUAUUAAUAAAUCCUUGAAGAUAGCCGGACAUCGUCAAAUGUUUCGAAAUGGUUAUCGGCCGCCAUGUCAAUGGAUAUACGUAUCGAGGGAUUUCUUCGAUAACAACAACAAAAAAAAAAAAAGAAAAAGAAAAAAAAGAAAAGAAAAAAGGCAAAAAAGGCUACAGAAAAAAAAUAAUGAUUGAAUAAAGAAAUAAAAAAAUAAAUAAAUAAAUUCGAAGUACGAUAGGCGUUGAGUUGUCCUUUAAAGCGGAAAAUGACACGUCAUUGAAAACAAAUUUGUUCUACAUGUCAAUCGAUUACGAUGAACGUCAACAACGAGACCAAGAUCGUACACUCGGUACUUACGUGGAGGAAAUAGAGCCAAACGAAUCGGAUAUCAUUGCAUCGACGACGAGCAACGAGCAGCAGUCGUCGCGGACGACGUUGACGGAAGAUAUCAUCGAAAAAAAUAUUAUUAUCAGAUCGACAGAAGAUACGAAAGAAAACGACGACGAUUCUCGCUCGUCGUCAGAAGACAUAUGUAGAAUAUGUCACAUGGGUGAUGGCACUUUACUAAGAUCUAAUAAGAAUCAAUCGUGUUGUAAUACUGAAGAUAAACAAAAUCGAAUGCCUACGUUCUCUUCCUAUUCCUAUCUUGGUCCUCUUAUCUCCGCCUGCAAAUGUCGUGGUACCGUUGGUCUUGUACAUACGGAUUGUCUUGAAAAAUGGCUGACGGAGUCCGGUAAUUCUAGAUGCGAAUUGUGCGGUUACAAAUAUGUUACGAAGAGAAUACCACGUCACAACAUUUGCCAUAGCGUUUUGAUAUGGUUCAAAACGGUGAUUGCUACCCGUCAGAUGCUCCUUGAUGUCCUAUAUCUUUUAGUGACAACUCCAUUGGCACUCUUUGCUUCUUACAUUUGCGUAUUAGCGUUGAAAUUAUUAAUAGAGAGGGGCUUUUAUCAGGUACCAUGGGUAAUCGUCGCCAUGUUACCAACCUGUUCUCUCACGCUAGUUGCUUAUUGGGCUUGGUUAAUGACUUUAGGAAGAUUACACGUUCGCCGUUGGCGUCGGUAUUGGAGGAAUAACUUCGUCGUACGUCUUAUAGAACCGGAGGACAUCAAUAACGUCGCGAACGAACAAAGCAUUGAGUCUACAACGAUCGAUGAUUUUUAUCAGGAAGAGUCGAGAAUGAACGAUAGACGAUAGAUUAGUUCGAGUCUUCUUAACGAGCGUUGUUCAACGUGAUCUACGAUGAUGAUCCGACACACACAUACAUACACAUAUAUUACAUACAUACAUACAUACAUACAUAUAUGUA